UCUUAAAUGGUGAUUUAGAUGAAGAAAUAUAUGAUGUGAGCCUUUAGGGCAACCUGAAUCACGAUGCUCGAAGGUGAAAAAAGGACGUAUCACGUGGAAGCAAGAAGACAGACGAGAGCCAAAAUCCCCGGUGGGAAGGGGGGAUUCCCCGCUCGGAGCAUCAGACAGGAGGGUUCCCUAGUCUGAAGAUGAGAUUCCCCGCCUGGGGAUUUGAAGACUUGCGACAAGGGGACCGGGGCUGACGGGUUAUUGUUAUCUUUAUUGUUUAGAAUUCCUUUAUUUUUAUGUGUUUGGAUUAGUUUAUUAUUUCCCUAGCCUAUAUAAAGGGUUAAACACAAGAUUUAGGGCAGACUUUGAAGAAUUUAUUGAUUUUAUCUUGGUUCACUUGAGAGUUUUAUCUUGUGGAUUGUGUUUUAUAUCAAUCGAGUAUUCCUCUUGAUUGUGGUCAAGGUUUUAACCUAUAUUGAUAGAGCUUUCUCCAUGGUGUGAGAUUGCACUUCAAUUCCACCCUAUCCCUGGUUCUAAAUCUCGUUCUUAGCUGUGCGACUUUGCUAACUAAGUGCACUGUUUUGUGCUUGUAUCAUGUGGUAACAUUGCCUGGUUCAAAACAGUGGCGAGAACGAAGGUGAGAGGACCUAUUUCUUCUCGUACGAGAUUGAAAGACCCCAUAGCGAACUGCAUUGCAUAGGAGGAUUCUUUGUUAGGAAGAAAUCCCAUCCGAAGAAUAAAUAAUUGUGGAGUAGCAAAUUAAUGCUUCAGAACUGUUGCAGACUAUCAUGGCGCAAUUGAAAGCAACCUUCCAAGUUCGAUUCGACUAGAUCAACACGUGCCUAUAUGCUCUUUUGCCGCCAUCACCAGGACUCCAUCUGAUUCCUGAGGAAAAUCGACAUCAGGGGGUUCCAACUAGAACAAAACUGAUUGGAACCGACCAAGCCCUAGAUACAAGGAUUCACAACUUGGAGUAGGGGUUGAUCACAACAGAGCCUGAUCGAGCACGUCAAGAACAUGAAUUUGGUGAUUACGAUGGGAGAUCACUAGAGGCAGGACAUGAAGGUACCAUUGCGGAAUUACAAGGGGAUCAAGCUUUCAGUUCCUUUGUUUCAAGGAUCUCUCAAUGCUUCUGCGUACCUAGAUUGGGAGAGGAAGAUCAUCUUAUUCUUUCAAUGUGGCAAUUACAAUGAGCAACAAAAGGUAUCACUAGCCACGUAUGAAUUCACUGAUUAUGUAGCUAUAUGGUGGGAGUAGGUACAACUCAAGAGAAGAAGGAAUCUACAGCCGAAUGUAACGGCUUGGGCUGAAUUGAGAGGGCUCAAGAGAGAGGUUCAUGUCAAGGUACUAUCAAAGGCAACUCUUUGAUUCCAUGUAGGGAAUUCGACAAGGAGCACUAUAUGUUGAGGAAUAUUUCAGGGAGCUUGAUUUGUUUUUUAUGAAGGCAAAUGUGAGGGAAGAUAAGGAAGCUACAAUUUCUCGAUUUCUGCAUGGUUUCAAUCAAAAAAUUAGGCACGAAGUUGUACUUCGUCAGUUUGUGGAGAUGGAGGAAGUGGUUCACCUAGCCAUUAAGGUGGAGAAGCAGUUGAAGGUCAACUCUGGAAGAAGGUAUCCACAUUCACCUAAGCCAGUUGCAGAGAACAUGGGCGAGUGUGCUAUGAAUCCUUUACGUCCAGAAGGAGCCAAGCCAUCAGACAUGACACUGCUCCUUUCAUCUAAGCCAUGCCAAAGGAUCAACUGGAAGCAUCCAAUGCUUCAAAUGUCUGGACGAGGUCACAAGGCAAACUCGUGGCCCAACAAGAAGACUAUGGUUCUGGAGAUAGAGAAUACUUUUUUGAGGAGUGUGAAGAGAAGCCAACGGGGAAGGGAAUCGAUUCUGAUUCUGAUGAUGAUGUUGAUGAGCACAUCAUUGCUGAAAUUCCUCCAAUGGAUAAGUUUCUUAGAGUCAAUCUGUUUUCCAACGAGAAAACUUGUGUUGAAGCAAAUUGAUUGCACCUUGACAUGAACAACGAUCAACUUAACACGGUUCACACCUCUUCAAACAAAGUUCAAACGAGGGUGUUCGAUUUUUACACGACCCACGACACCAAAUCUAAAUUAAAUUAACCCUACUCCUUUGGAGGUUCUGCGAGAGCUCCAGAUCUAUGACUAUGGCUAUUUGUAGAGAAAAAGGUAAAGUUUGACGUAUGCAUCAAUUGUUUGGUUGUGGAACCUCUCUCUGCCGACCCUUCCUCCUAUUUAUAGCCAUGGGGAGAUAACUAUUGUAGAAAACCGCCUCUUGGAUAACUCCCAAAAAGAACUGGUCCCUGCUUCCUCAGACAUGGUGGUUACUCCCUCAACCGCCUAGGUUCCUCUCUUGGAACUGUCACGAGUCUUGGAGUGUGUCUUGCCUCGUAUGGUCUUAUUCUAGAUCUCGUGCCACGCUAGUCUUUUGAUGAGCAUGUGGUGUCUCGCAAAGGGGUCGUGGUCGUCUUGCCUAAUUGCCAUGGACUUCUUACUCAUGUCCAUGGCCCUCUUGGGCUUAGUCACUAGUGAUAUAAUGCUCCACCACCACGCCCUUCUCAUUCGUGUCCAUGGCCAUCACAUGACACGACCAUGGACCUCUUAAUCAUGCACAUGGCCCUUCUCGUGAGGCGGCAUGUCUUCUCAUACUUAGUAUUUUUCAAUAGUGCCUUCUUGUCUCGCGUCUAUGCCCAUUCUCGUGAAGCGGCAUGGCCUUCUCAGACUUAGUCUCUUUUUUUUUUUUGUCUCCUAAGAGAGAUGUCUCUCACGCGUCAGGACAUGGCCCUCUUUGUGAAGUGACACGUUCUUUUUGAUUUCUAGAUGGACAUGGCCCUCCUCGUUGAAGCGGCACGUCCCUCUGUAGACUUAGAAUAUUUUUGUGCAAUCUCGUGGCACGACAUGACCUCUUACAAGAGGCCCAUGUCCCUUGUUGAAUCAAGUUCAUGCUCAUUAAUGACUUAGUGGUUUGAGCUUAAAAUCAAUAUACAUAAGGGUCAGCUUAAACAACAUUAAUUGUUAUAAUUAACAUAACAUUAUAAACACAUUAAUUACCUUGUAACUCAUCAAUGUGUUACAUGGCAAUUUUAUGGUGUAAACACAAUCGUAGAGUGUCUCCCUUGAAUCUCCAGCUGAACAAGAACGAGAUAAUCUAUUUCAUACUCGCUGCAUGAUGGAUGGAAAGUUGUUGUCUGUGGUGAUCGAUGGUGGUAGUUGCACCAAUGUAGUGAGUCUUGAUGCAGUUAAGAAGGUUGGACCGAGCAUAGUGGCGGAUACAUGCAUGUUUAGGGGUGUCCCGGGACACCCCUAAAAUUUGGAACACGAUUAUUCAACCUCCGAUAGUAGUUUGCGUAUAAGCAAAAAAAUAUUUAAGUGGUAGUGGGACACCCUUGAAAUUUGAUAAAAAUUAUUAUCCAACCUUCCGUAGUAGUUUGCAUACUGGUAUAAAUAAUAUUUAAAUAGUAGUCUAUGUGAUUUAAACUUGGGACACUGUCUUUAUUAGUAAGAUAUUUUUAUAUUUAAUAAUUAUUUAAUUAAAUUUUAAUAUUUAAUUAAAUUUUUUUGGAGAGGAUACCCCUACGUAGAAUUCCUGGAUCCGCCACUGACCGAGCACCAUUAUGAUUUUAAAAUCAUGGUUCAAUGAUGAUAUAUAUGAAAAACGGAAACCACCUUGAAACCGUUUGCCAUCCCUCAAAUGCAGAUCACAAAAUUCAUUUUUUUUUUCUAUAAUGAACUCUGAACUCGUGACAAUCACCUUUGAGACAAAAUUAGGAUGGCUCUUUUUAUGUUUGUUUGUUAUAAUAUAGAAAGCUUAUUGAACAGUUUAUACCGUUUUCUUACCUCGUGUACUUGAUGGUGAACAUUCUAAUCAAACGGAUAUCCGUGA